AUGGUGAUGAACCCUAUGAUGAUGCCUGGCAUGCAGGGCAUGAUGGUGGGCAUGGGUGGCCCCAUGGGCGUGCCCAUGAUGGGCCCCAAGCAGCCAGGCGGCCCGGGCAGCAGUGGCGCCACAGGCAGCGGCGGCGGCUACGACCCUUCGCGCGGCAUGAUGGCUGGGAUGCCCCUCCCGAUGCCGAGCAUGGCUAUGGGGAUGGCGCCGGGCUUCAUGGGCAUGCCCAUGCCGAUGCCAGGGGCAUCCAUUGCGAUGGGCGGCGGCGGGAUGAUGAUGAUGCCAGGCAUGGGCGGCCCCAUGGCGAUGGCGGGCGGCCCGGCCGCCGCGGGCCAUGGCGGCGCGCUUGCAGCGGCCAAGCAAUGGAAGCUGUUUGUUGGCCAGAUCAGCUUCGACCUGACAGAGGAUCAGCUGCACCCCUUCUUCGCACAAUUCGGCACAAUAUUGGAGCUCGCGUUGCCCCGCACUGACGGGCGCAGCCGCGGCUACGCCUUCCUCACAUACUCCAGCCGCGCAGAGGCGCAGGCGGCGAUUGAGGGGGCCAACGGCGCUGUUGUCCCGAGCGAUCCACGGGCGCGCGCGCUGACCGUGCGGUGGGCCGACAACAAGGGGCGCUGA